CACACGCAAAACCUUGGAAUGGGAAAAAAAACCAGAUAAAAAUCUUGUCAGGCAGCACAGGUUUUAUUUUCUCUCCCCACUUUUUAAAAACUCUGGCUUUACCUUUUUCCUCUUGUAACUCUCCUUUUCUUCACUCUUACAAUGGUACCUUUAAUGCCAGAGUUGAAGAUAUCGCUAGAGAAUGAUCGUUUAGUGCUGCACGGUUCUCCUUCUGAGUCCGCGGGCUGUGUUCUACGCGGGGUAGUUUCACUCAAAGCAAUGGAGCAGUGCAAGUUUAAGAGCCUUCGACUCAAAUUUAAAGGCGUGAUGCAUAUUGAAUGGAAAGAAGGUCCUCAAGGUCAUCAAAAAGAAUUUAAAGAGGAACGCACUGUGAUUGAGCACACGUGGUCAUUCUUGGCAUCUGGUCAUAAGCAACACUCAGUGACGGCGGGAACACACACAUGGCCAUUUGAGCUUCCAUUGGCGGGAAAUCUGCCAGAGUCACUCCAUAUUGGCACCACCUAUUAUGUACAUUACAAACUAAAAGCCAUAGCCGAACGACCGGGAAUUUUGUUCAGCCAAAUUGCCGCACGGGCGCCAGUCUAUGUUAGUCGGUAUAUUGCUUCGUCGGUUGUAGAUGACUUUUUGGAGCCGAUUCAAAUUUCAUCAGAAUGGACUGACAAAGUUCGCUAUGAUAUUGCUGUAGCUUCCAAAAUAUGCCACAUUGGCGGCGUAGUUCCGGUUAUACUGCGACUUAUACCACUUAACCCCAAACUGCGAGUCCGCUACCUUUCCUUUACUUUCAAAGAAUAUACCACUUACAAAGCUCGGCCAGGGCAUCAGAAAACUCGUGGUCGAGUGGUUCACCAUCAGCGUAACGAUCAAUUGACUAAGAUAGAGGAAGAAGAGGGCGUCUGCUGGUACAACACCGAAAACAUCCCUGUUCCCGAUACGCUUAGAUGCGAUUCAUCUGGUGACGUUGUGAAAAUUCGACACCGUAUAAAAUUUAUUAUGUCACUGGAAAAUGAAGAUGGUCAUAUUUCAGAGCUGCGCGCCGCACUGCCUGUUAUAGUCGUUGCAGCUAACAACGAAGAAUCCAUUAAUGUAUUACCGACAUACGAGAAUUCAUGGCAAUCACUUCCGUAUGACGAACAUAUUAUGAUCGAGAUGCUUACUGCCGGUCGGACGCCGUCAGAACUAAUAGCCCCACCGUCAUAUCAAUCGCUUUCGACGCCGGUACGUUGAAGAGACCCUUCAUGAUCUAAACUGACGUCCGGUUGAUCUAGUUUAUUUGCAUUUGAAUAUCGCAUCACUCCAUUAUUCCACUUAUUUAUUGCUUAUAUUUUAUUACAUUU